AUGGUAAUGAAACGCAAAGAGAUUACGGAAGAAAGGACGUUGUUGCAAUUUCAUUACACAGAAUGGCACUCACACACGUGUCCUUUCGGAAACGCGGUACUGGAAUUUAGACGGCGUGUACGAGCCGUAGUGGGAUCAAUUAUAAAGAACGAAUCCGGUCCUAUGGUAGUUCACUGCAAUGAUGGUGGCGGACGAUCGGGAGUAUAUUUAGCGAUCGAUGCAAACAUGGAGCUAGCCGAAGAGGAAGACGCGUUCGACGUGUUUGGUUACUUGAAGAAGUUAAGGCAAAGCAGAAGAGGGCUCAUAGAAAAUUUGGAACAGUACAAAUUCGUAUACGACACGCUCGAGGAAUUCGUCGUGUGCGGUACAUCGUGGUUUCCCGUAGCUGAAUUAUCGCAACGUCUAAAGCAGAAAAGUAUAAAAAACCCGAUAAUUAAGAUGAACGAAUACCAACGAGAGUAUCAGCAAAUUUGCAAGCAGACGCCGCGUUUCACGAUUGGCGAUUGCGCCGGUGGACACAGGGCCGAUAACAGGGAAAAGAAUAGAGACGUCCUGGUAGUUCCACCGGACAACUUUCGACCGUACCUCACCAGUUUUCAGGGCAACAGUUUCACGGACUAUAUCAACGCUGUCUUUGUGGAUGGCUACACGAAACCAAGAGAAUAUAUCGUAACGGAAUGGCCCCUUCGACACACAUGCGGUGAAUUCUGGUCUUUAGUUUACGAUUAUGAAUGCGCUGCGGUAGUAGUUCUCUGCGUGCCACCUCAGGGAUCUACAAAUUUUCCUAGUUUUUGGCCUGAAGGAAGACACUCCAAGAAAUAUGGACCCGUAUUUACGAUUGAUCACAUCAGCCACAAUCAUUACACCAAUAUAAAAACCUGGGUUUUUAGAAUAAAUAAGAAAAUUGUUUCAUUGACGGAAUUGAUGGCGGGAGUGAAAGCGCCACCGAAGACCGUUCAACUGUUCCAAUUGACUUGUUGGCCAAUGGGUCAUAAAGUGCCCACGUCCACAAAUAGUUUAGUUGAACUCAUGAAUAUGGUUGAGAGAUGGAGGCAACGAACAGACUACGGACCAGUAGCUGUGGUUUCGCCCGAUGGCAGAAGUCGUUGUGGGGUCUAUUGUGCGGCUAACGCGUGCAUAGAACAGGUCAUUCAACAUGGAGAAGUUGACAUUUUCCAAGCCGUAAAAACUGUACGCAGACACAGACCCCAGCUUGUGGAAAACAUGACGGAGUAUAAGUACUGCUAUGACCUGGUUCUACACUACGUAUUGCACUAUUUAAAUAAAGCCAUGAAUGAAAAGAAGUGAGAAUGCGAGUUGAGGGACGAGCUGUGGUUCAUCGAAUUCGGUCGCGGAGCAGCGCUGCCGUUGACCCCGGAGGAGGCACCGGCGGACGGGGAACCGGUAGUGCCUUGUGCUCAAGGUCGCAUCAUCGUGGAAACUGCGAGGCCGGCGCCGCCACAUUUUGCUACUUGUUCCGGCUAUCGCAGGCCGCUUCUCAGCCGCACUUCGAACGAAGUAUCGGUUAGCGAUGGAACGGCACAGUCGAGUGGCACGAAGCAGAGUCAGCAAGAGCAACAACAACAGCAACAGCAGCAGUCA